CCUAUGGCAUAAAGAAUUGAGAAACAAUUAUUCUGAAAACGAAUGAUGCUAAUAAAGAUAACGGAUGACAUAGAUAAAAAAAGACUUCAUUGUGGAUAAAGAGAUUGUAGUUUUCACAACCAUCAAUGGAAAUGGAGUUACGCGAAGGGCGAGUUGAUAAACACGCGAAAGCUUGUGAUGUUGAAACAUCCGUGAUGAUUGAUUGUUCUAUUUCAUCAAUAUCAAGAUUACCGUAGUAUCAAUCACCUAUUAUCAACUUCGACAGAAAUCAUGUCAGCGCCUCUUCCUACAGAGCGUGAAAUGGCGAUACGAAGGGUAUUCGACCCUCCUUAUUUUGUUACCCAUAUCAUUGAAUUGAUCAACAAGGCUAUCCAUAUGAAAGAUAUACUAGUGAUGGGGCUCCUUUUCCUAGCAUAUCAAAAGGGCUUCAUAGGAUACUAUGAUAUAAGGUUGUUUCAAGAACCAUUCGAAGAAUGUGGCAAAAGAAAAGGAUAUGGAAUCAGUGGGAAGGUAACAAUCAGGGCUAAUCGCCCACAUUGCGACCGAGCUUUUACAGAUCCUGAUGGGCUGCUGAUGGUGUAGCAUGGGUAUAUGUUUAUAGGUGAUCAGGGCUAUCAAUUAACACACGAUCAAUUGACAGCGAUACCACGAUCACCAUACCCCUCCUCCUGCUGCGCCCUCUCCUCCUGCUGCACCACCUCCUCUUCCAGACCUCGAUUUACCACCACCCGCGACAGGUGGUGUCCCUGUGGUCCGUCCAGCUCAUGAGCAGGCUUUACCACCAACAGUACCACCAGCAGCCGCAGCGGCAGUAGGCGCAACCCCUCAAUUUCCACCACGUUUUGAAUUUGGAAGAGGUAUCAUUUUUAGUGGUUGAGUUUUUGGUAAUAAUUGGUUGACACUUAAUUUUGAUCGGAGAAAUAAAAGGUGGGAAGUAGAGAAUCUAGAAGAAGUAAAUUCAGAGGGAGGAGGAAAUGGAGACGAGGCUGGUAAUUUGGAUGAGAGUGAUGAUGAAAUUGAAAGUGAUGAAGUUGGGAGUGAUGCAACUGAGAGUGAUGAAUUUGGAAGUGAUGAAGCUAGGCCUGUUGAAAUUGAGAGUGAUGAAGCUGGAGUUAGUGAAGCAGGGAAUCCGAUUGAUGGUGGUGGUGAUGAAAUUGAAAGUGAUAAGGCUGGGAAUUUUGCUGAUGGCGGUGGUGAUGAAAUUGAGAGCGAUGAAAAAAUGAGGGAUAUCGAUGAUGGGGACAUUGGCGCAACCACUCACGGCGACGACGAUACCAUUGCGGAUCGGGCGGGGAAAAACCCGGCCGACGACGGAAGUAUUGAAAACGAGUAUAAACGCCCUGAAGAUGGAUACGAAGAUGGACAAGAGAUUGAAAAAAUUUGACAAAAGUAAAGAGCCUAAAAGUACCCAGAUAACAUUGAGAGAGCAGAAGUUGACUCAUAAGCGUUAUAGACUUUGUAGAUAUCCAGAAAAGAGGAGAGCAUAUAGAGUUUCUUGAAUGAUAGAUACUGAUUUUUGUAAGAUUACGAGA